AUGCUAUCCUCCACUAAACACGACGAUAUCCGCUCGCAGAAACUUCGAAAAUUGAGUCGUGCAACCUCACAGUUGGAUAUGUGUAUGAUCUCUUAUCCCAAGGCUUGCCCAAUCGCGCUGGGGCGCCUAUCAGCACGUCAGUCCUCGGGUGGAACCAUGAUGAAGCUCCCGCUAGAGUUGCUCUACAAUAUAUUCUCUUCACUAGAAUUCGAGAGUCUAGGAAAGCUCCGGCUGGUCAGCUACGUGAUCAAACAAACUGUCGAGGCCAUGCCAGCAUUCAAGUGCAUGGUAGAGCACGCCUCAACCGCCCUCCGGGCCCUGGGGGAGAGCAAUCUUAUCUCGGAAUUUAGCGCAGCGCAACUGUACCAAGUCUUGAGAAUAGACCGAUGCGUUGGCUGCGCGGACUAUGGGCCGUUUCUUCUGCUUCCAACCAUUGAGCGUUGCUGCUUCAAUUGCCUGACUGAUAACCUCUCAAUGAGGGUCAUCAGUACGUCUGCUGCGGCCAAUUGCUUUGCCUUGAGCACAAGAUCUUUUCGCGACAUUCCCAGAUUGUAUAGCAUACCAGGCGAAUACGAUGGUCAACGGCGCAGCAGAAGACAGCGGCUCGUAAGUACCAGAAUGGCACGAGAAUUGGCUGUUAAAUUGCAUGGCGGUGAGGACGAAAUGAAGGCCAAAGUUGAUGCGAAGUCAUACAGGAUGCACACAGCAUAUUUAAAUAAGCGGCGCGAUUGGGUGGCCAUGCGGGAGACGGGCUUCGAUUCCCCAUUUCCUGAACGACCUGUGUUGCCCAACGAGGUGUUGGAUUUACCUGAUGAUGAAGAUCCCUUCCGUUACAUGGCAUCCACACCUUUUCCAUCGCUCAACCACCAAGCAGGCAGCGUUGAGCGUGGUCUGUGGUGUCAAGGUUGUUUCGAACAGCCAUCGCUGGAGGAGCUCGAAGCUCAUCUUCAUAGCAGGUCAUUAGAUGUCGAGGAAGGCGAAGAGCUUGUGAGAAUGUCGCGGAAGGCAUUCUCUGAGCAGGAGAUGCUUGACCACAUCGACGAGUGCCCUGGUGCUCAAAGAUUGUGGAGCGAAUUCAAUGUUAGCGAGAAGAGCCAUGCCUGA